AUGGCCAUUGAGGUCAGCACCUCGGUCACCACACAGUGGACCUUCGUCCUGGCCCUGACCGCUCUUUUCCUCAGCGCCGUCGUCGUCCUGCAGAUCCUGUCGCAAUACGCCAAGGCCUACAUGGUCGCCCCCGCCGAGGUCCUCAACUUUGUCGACGCCGCAGACUCAUCCGUACAGGAGAAUGAGAGCUAUGACCGCGACGUGUCCCGCGUCCAGCGUCUGGACGACAAGCUGAGGCUGGGCCGCCUGCUCCGCGAGAUCCAGAGAGUUGGUGAUGACCUUCGCGAGGAGCUCAGCGCCAUGCUCUUGUCCGAGCCCGGGGGUGUCGGAUCCGACGGGAUGAGCGACCUCGACUUGAGGCUGAAGGCGACAGCCAGGGUACUGUGGGCUUCCAAGCGGAAGGGGCUGGAGGACAAGGUCCGGCGCCUGGAUAUGUUACGUAUGCGGUUUCUGGUCGUCUACCUGGGCAUCGUCGCCAACUCCGGCCUGGAGAAGAACCUGGAGAAGAACCAGGAGAAGAAGACGCCCAACAAGAACCCGGAGAAGAUCGGCAACCGGCUGUUCGAAGACGAGUUCGCAGCACGACCACAGCUGAACCGCGCCCUCACGGAGGGCAUCAAAAAGAAGCCGGUGCUCCGCCGGCUCAGCGUUGCCCAAGGCCACAGCGACAACGUCAAGCCGGGCCCCAAGGUGGGCUGGGGCAACGUGAUGAGGGAACUGCAGCUAUCACCACUGCUGCACAAGCGGCACGCCAGCAUCGAGAAGGCCAUGUCCUCGCCAGGCUCCUCAUGA